AUUCAGAUAAAAAGGGGUGGAGAAUGUAAGAGAACUGAAAGUAAAAAAACUUGAGACAAAGCGUUACUGGGAGUUAUCUGUCCAACACAGACACAUUUGAUCUACAAUGGCCACACCCGUUCCACAGCGGCUGCUGGCUACCCUAGAAAAACUAGACAAGGCUACAUUUGAGAUCUUCCAGUGGAACCUGAUGCAGGAAACACUCGAAGGCUUCACUCCCAUGUCAACCGCCAGACUAGAGGACGCUAACAGGCACACAACAGUGAGUAAGAUGGUGCAGGCCUAUAAGAAAGAAGGUGCCAUGAAAAUCACACAGAAGAUCCUGGAGAACAUGGGAAUGAAUGAUCUAGCAGAUAAGUUAAAGACAGACGGUGAUAAAGAUCAAGCUGCUACUCCACAGUCUAGCCAGGAUCAAUCUGCAGUCAUGGAGACAAAGCAGUAUGGUGCACAAUUUGUGGAUGAUAACAUGGAAAAACUUGUUCAAAGGAUUACCAUGGUGAUGCCAAUAGUAGAUGGCCUAUACCAGAAGAAAAUGAUCCAUGAUGAGGAUUACUCUGAAAUUACUGUGGCCCAAACCAGUAUGGCAAAGAUGAGAAAGCUGUAUUUGGCCCUGAAACCAGGAGGAGCGGUGGCUAAAUCAGCCUUUUACCAAAUUCUACUGGAACAACAAUCUCUUCUCGUCGAAGAACUGGGUGGGGUUGGCCAGAAAUGAAGUCAUAUCUUGAGCGGGUUCUACAGUUUUGGUCUGGACUGACUUUUUUUCAAAUCUCACACAUUGCCUCAGAAAUAUUGGGUCUUUCACAAUACAGUUGUCAAACAACAAUGUGUAACAAAAUAUAUUUAAAAAAAAAAAUAUCGAAUCAGACCAUGUCAUUUCCUGGUUGCUUAAGUGUUCAGACUGCCUACAGCGAACUAGGACCCGGAUUGGGAUUUGCCACCAGACGAGAAGUCAUACAAACACCUUGACAUCUGAAUCUUUAAUGGUUUUACUAUAUAAGAUUUUGAAAAACAGUGUGUGUGAAUCACAGGAGGCUUGUGAGGAGAGGACGGCUCAUAAGGGUUGGAAUGGAGGAAAUGGAAUGGUAUCAAACAGAUUGAUCUAUGAGCUCGUCCUCCCAAAUUAAGGUGCCAUCUGUAUCGGGAAUGCUGCCAAUGUCUCACCAUUAUGCCUUAUACAUACAUGGAAACAUAUUCAUUUGAAAAAAAAAAUGUUGUGAUCCAAUACUACAUCUGUGAAAUAAAAGAGUUAGUCAAUGUG